UAGAUAGAUAGAUAAGAUAUACCGAGGUAGAUACGAUAGACAGACAGGGAACACAGAUAGUGUAAGCAAGCCACAGACGACAAAUAUUUGAACAAAAUCAACUUUCCACCCCAGCUGUUGAAAUCUCUCCGCAGUGUGGACUACUCUUAGAGCGUCAGCCAUGACAUCGUGUCUUUCAGUUUGUUUGCUUGUGGCACUUCUUGUGGUCGUGGUUCCCCGGUGCCUGUGUGCCUUCAACCUGACGAUCCUCCACACAAAUGACGUGCACGCGCGAUAUGAGCAGACUAACAAGUACAGCAGCCCGUGUGCAGACAAGGAUGUACGGAGGCAGGCGUGUUUCGGCGGGUACGCCAGGCUGGUGACUAAAGUGAAGGAGUUCCGUGCCAAGAGACCAAACAACACGCUGGUGCUGGACGCAGGUGACCAGUACCAAGGGACGUACUGGUUCUACGUCUACGGCGGCAACGUCACGUCCACCUUCAUGAACUGGCUGGGAUACGACGCUAUGUCAUUUGGCAACCAUGAAUUUGACCGAAACAUCGUUGGACUGGUUGACCCAUUUCUUAAGAAGAUCAACUUCCCAAUCCUGUCUGCUAACCUCGAUUCCAGCAAGGAGCCGACCAUGCAGGGUACCUACAACAAGUCCACUGUGUUGAUUCGACAAGGACGCAAGAUAGGCAUCGUCUCAUACAUCACACCAACCACUAAGGGAAUAUCUCAUCCAGGGAACCUGAUAUUUAACCCGGAGAUCCCAGCCGUCCAGGCAGAAGUAAACAAGUUGAAACGUGAAGGGGUCGAUAUCAUCAUCGCUUUGGGACAUUCUGGAUUUACUAUGGACAAACGAAUAGCCCAGGAAGUGGACGGCGUGGACGUGGUCAUUGGGGGACACACCAACACGUUUCUUUACACUGGUGACCCACCAUCAAAUGAGAAACCUAAAGGUCCUUAUCCGCUGGUGUUCCAGAAGGCUGGGAAGGAUCCUGUUCUUGUGAUUGAAGAUUACGCCUACGCCAAAUAUCUGGGUCAUAUCGAGCUGGAGUUCAAUGACACGGGCACUCUGACGUCAUGGUCGGGCAACCCCAUACUUCUAGACAGCACUGUGACGCAAGAUCAAAACACGUUGGAUAUGAUGGAACCAUGGAAACAAGGCGUCGAAGUAAAAGCUAAGGAAGUAUUGGGCAGCACCAACGUGUUUCUGCAAGGAGACCAAGAAUUUUGCAGGCGCUUAGAGUGCAACAUGGGGAACUUCAUCACAGACGGCCUUGUUGAUUUCUACAUGAAAAAGCGCGGCGAUGCUGAACAAUGGAGCACGGUCGCAAUAGCUAUAAUGAAUGGCGGUGGCAUUCGAUCGAACAUUGAUCCUGGGGACAUCAACAUGGAAACCCUGCUGACCGUCCAGCCGUUUAUGAACACUAUUGAGCGAAUCCAGCUGAAGGGAGAACACGUUCUGGGCGCGCUCGAACACAGCGUUCACGCGUACUCUACAGACCCCAACAGUGACCUCUUCGGUGGAUUCCUCCAGAUGUCAGGAAUGAAAGUGGUCUAUGACGUCAGCAAACCUCCCCAGCAUCGAGUCGUCGAGGUGAAGGUGAGGUGCACAAAGUGUGAUGUCCCUCAGUUCGAACCCCUGAACCUGACCCAGAUAUACGACAUCAUUCUGCCGGACUUCACUGCCAACGGUGGAGACGACUACACCGUCAUCAAAAAGAACAAAAUAGACACCCCAAAAACAGGCUACAUGGACUCGAACGUAUUUAGAAAGUACCUAGAGAAGAUGACUCCAGUUACUAUUGGACUGGAAGGCAGAAUUACUUUCGUGGAUGGCACCAAGAAGGUGUGCACGUCUGGAGAAGUGUCGACGUCAUCUACCCCAUCCUUUAUAGCUUUCAUACUCAUCUGUGCUGUUUAUCUUAUAUAGAUCUACAAUUUAAACACACUUUUAUAAUGCCCUAAUCAUUUACAGUAUGUAGUCUUGAAAGUUUAAAAAAACCUUUAAAGUUUGUUUAGUUUUAUAACGACUCCGCUAGAGCACAUUGGUUUAUUAAUCAUCGGUUCUUGGAUGUCAAGCAUUUAGUAAUUU